UGUGCUUUCCGUGCAUUUUGAGACCGAUACAGCCCCAGCCAAGCUGCAGCACCCAAAGGUGCCGCUCUGCUCGCUGAUCCUCGCCUGGGUGUGUCAUCGCACAAGGUGUGUCUUUUUGACUUGUUGCCAGAAAACGCACGGAUAACGCAGUCGGGCAGUUCCUACAAGAAAGAAAAAAAAAAAAGGUGAAGCUUGCCACGGGUGACAAAUCGAUCAGAAGUUUCUGACUCGGGAAGCAAGUUGUUUAGUUGGACUUUUUCCUCUCGUCUGAGCGGGUCAAAGUCCACUUUUUUAACAGAGAAAAGAAAGAAGGAGAGAGAGAGCGAAAAAAAUGGCGAAUGUUUUAAUUUUCACCAUCUUCCUCGCAGUGUUGAUGAAGUCCUGCGUGGAGUCCUGUUCUCUCCGAGGUUCCCUGAACGCGCUCGUUCCUCAAACUAUCCCCGUCGGAUAUCGGGUCGCACAAGUCAAGGCAGCGGACUGCGACCCCAGUUCGCUGCGGUCGGGGGACCCCAGUUUUACGAUUCGCGACGGAGCGAUAAUCGCACUAGUUUCUGUGUCGAUGGCCUCCGGAGAGCGGACAUUUUCUGUCAGGGCUCAGGACAAUAGUGGGCCGGGCAGUGAGAUGGAAGUACACCUUGUGUGUCCAAAUCCGGUGCAGACAAAUCGAAAACGCCAAGAAUUGUUGAGACGCAGAAAAAGAAACUGGCAACCUCCACCCUUCAACAUAUUAGAAAAUGACGCAGGACCCUUUCCUAAAUAUGUUGAGACGAUCGUGUCAGAUUCGUCCGUCAACUAUUCUGUGUCCUACUGGAUCUCUGGAAAAGGGGUGGAUGAGUAUCCAUAUGACAUCUUCCAGCUCAACAAGGACACUGGGGCUCUGUAUGUGAACAACCCAUUGGACCGUGAAAAUAUUGCAGUAUAUACAUUGCAGGUCACUGCUAAAGACAAAGCCAGCGGUCAGCUAAGAGACCGACCUGUGUACAUUAACGUAAAUGUGGAUGAUCAAAACGAUAACGCUCCAACAUUUGUAGGCUUGCAAGACUUUACUGUUCAAGAACAAGCCAAAGGGAUAAUUGUGGGGAAGGUGCAGGCCACAGACAAAGAUGAUCCUAACACUGACCACGCUAGAGUCCGUUAUAAGAUCUUAGAUGCAAAUAGCAAUUUUGUUAUUGAUCCAAUAACAGGUGUCCUCACCACAAAGGGCGACACUCUGGACAGAGAGACACAAGACAAGUACUUUGUGUUAAUGGAAUGCAGAGAUAUGAAAGGUGCACCAAAUGGUUUGUUCAGUACAGCGACUGCAACAGUUACACUGAGYGAUAUCAACGACAACCCACCGACUUUCACCAAAGGAUAUUAUACAGCCAGUAUCGCAGAAAACGAAAAAGAUAAACUUCUCCUGAGAAUUCCUGUGGAGGAUAAGGAUUUAAUAAACACACCCAACUGGUUUUCCAAGUUUGUCAUCACUAAAGGAAAUGAAAAUGACAAUUUUAGGAUUGACAGAGACCUCAAAACAAACGAAGGACUUCUUUAUAUUAUAAAGCCCUUAGAUUAUGAGACUACCAAAAACGUAAACCUGCAGAUUAUGGUUCGUAACGAAGCUGAGCUGAACGGCACCAGCGCUCAGUGGCAGACCGCCCCCGUGAAUAUCUCUGUCAUCGAUGUUGACGAAGGCCCAGAGUUCAUUCCACCUAUCCUCCGAUUCCCUGUCAAAGAAAACACACCAAACGGCACUAUAAUAGGAACUUACUUAGCGUUGGAUCCUGAGACCAAAAAGAGUGAUGGCAUCACGUAUUACAAGCUUUAUGACCCAGGGAUGUGGGUAAAUGUGGACAAAAAUACUGGACAGCUGAAGGUUGCAAACACAAUUGAUAGAGAGUCAUCUCUUGUCCAAGAUGGGAUGUACAACAUCACUGUGAGGGCUGUUGAUUCCACUAACAAAGCAGGAAUUGGAACAGCCAUUCUUGUGAUUGAAGAUGUCAACGACAACCAGCCAGUGAUCCCGCCUAAUCUGGUGCUGUGUGAGGACAAAACAGACCAGCUUAGCUCUGUGUUGGUCACGGCUGAAGACAAAGACCUCAAUCCAUUUUCUUCACCCUUUACCUUUCAAUUGUUACCCGAGUUUAAAGACAAUUGGUCCCUGGAACCAUCCAAUGCAACUUCUGCUAAGUUGAAGCAGGUGAAGAAACUUCCCACGGGGGUAUAUGAUGUCUCCAUGGUUGUCAAAGAUCUGCAAGGAUAUGGUGAAAAACAGACGACAAAAGUCACAAUCUGCCAAUGCCAGAAUGGAGUCUGCGUGGCCAAGAAGAGCGCUGUGUCUUUAGGGCCAAUGGGUGCCUUGGCAUUGUUUUUGCCUCUGUUGCUGCUCCUCCUGCUUUUCUUAGCCCUUGCAUUUCUAUGCAAGACGAAGGGAGAGAAAGUAGAACUUGAAGAUAUGGGAUACGGUGCAGGAAUUCUGCUACCAUCAAACACAGAAGCCCCGGGAGAUGAAGUGGAUUCCACUUUAAUGAACGCUCCUUUCACUGGGAUUGAUCAAGGAGCUAAAGGCUCCAUAAAGGGUUCUAUCCAGAAUACAGCAUGGCUGGGAAACAAAAGCAUGAGCACAAUCGGAGGUCACAGUAUGCACGACUUUGGAUAUCAACAAACCAUGACCAAUUUUCAAGAUUUCUCAUCUGGCCAGUAUGAUCAGUACGGUGGUCAGCUCCUUGGUAAUGGCACGGAUUCCAGGCAUUUCUUCCAGGAUGCAUCCUAUUUGGAGACCUGCCGAACAAACGAGCUUCUUCUACAACAGAAAGUCUACACUUUGGGGACUGAGGGCGACGAGCGAUACGCAGAGGACAUCGUCCACGCGUACGGUUACGAGGGGGCGGGCUCCGAUGCCGGCUCGGUGGGAUGCUGCAGCCAAAUCGGUGACCCCAGUAACCUGGACUUUUUAAACACACUCGGACCAAAGUUCAAAACUCUCGCAGACGUUUGCACAAAGUCGUGAACAAAGACAGUUAACAGUGUUUGCUUUUCACGGCACAUGGAUUAGAGGCGUGACAUUUUAAAGCUGGUUGUACCUUCUGAACUUUUUUAGUGUUGCCUUUUCUUGUUGUUUUUUGUUUGUUGUUUGUUUUGUUUUGGGAAGCUUUUUGGUAGAAGUCAUUUGCACUGAAAACUAAGCAAAGUCUUUCAGUUUUACAUGAAUUGUAUUCUUGUGUGUUAAUUUCACUCCCAGUGUAUAUAAAAAGAUGCAAUUUUUUUUGUUUUUUUUAUUUUAAUCUAAACAUUUUGUGAAUAUUUUGUGUUCAAUGCUAAUUUUUUUGUAACUUGUGUGAUUGAUUUUGUUUAACCAUAGAUUUUUUAAAUAUAUAUUUUAAGAAAAGAACCUAAAUGAACAAAGAUUUUAAUGCAAAUGCUUUUUUAUUGACAUUUCAUUUAGAUUUCACAUCAACUCACACACUUCUAGCAUUCCGUUUUAAGAAUUCUGCAGUGAUUUUCAACUGGAAGCCAUUUUCAUCCCCUCUGUUAUGCAGUAAUUGUCUGCACAAGCACAUUCUGGCUGCACUGGAAUGUGUUUACUGUUAACUGGGUGUAGUUUCGGGCCCUGUGUCUGUGGGGUUAUUGCGACAUUCUGACUGCACUCUUGUGAAAGUCAACACAAGGGAGUGAACGGGAGGGGUCGGGCGUGACACUGUCCGUAAAUAACUUUCAGAAACGCUCCCAACAUGUAAAGCCAGACACUUCCAUAUAAAAUCCACAGAACCUGUUCAUUGUUUCAUUGACCUUUUUUUCCCCCAAUAAUGCAUUGAAUGGAUAUUAAACUUCUGCUGUUCUUACAAGUUUCUCACAAGUUUAAUUUCAAACAAAAAUAAAUUCAAUGCAGAUUUGAAACGAA